AUGUCAGACAGGCUCACUGUACCUUCAAGAGGUCCCACACGGCUCGUGACGGACGAAAAGGUCGACCUGGAGCAUAUUGAAAAAGCACAGACCAAUGGUUUUGAUCCCGAAGUCGUCAUGAAGUCUCCCUUCGAAGAUUUCGACUUCGUGAAGACGCUCCGGGUGUUCAAGAAGGCGAACACUUUAGCUUUGCUUGCAGCGUUUUCUGCAGCAGCUGAGUAA